AUGCUUGUGUCGAGCAAACUCACUGACUAUUCUGGUGCCCGUGUAUUAUCUGGUUUGACACCGGAGAAGGCGAAGGAGUACUUGGCAAGGGAUGGACCCAACGCACUGACACCCCCGAAGACGACUCCCGAGUGGAUCAAGUUUUGUAAGAACCUCUUCGGCGGGUUCGCGAUGUUGUUGUGGAUCGGAGGUGUACUCUGUUUCGUGGCCUACUCUAUACAGGCCGGCACUUUCGAGGAGCCACCCGACGAUAAUCUCUAUUUGGGUUGCGUAUUGGUGGCAGUGGUGGUGGUGACCGGGGUGUUUUCCUACUAUCAAGAGGCUAAGAGUUCCAAGAUCAUGGAGUCGUUUAAAAAUAUGGUGCCCCAGUAUGCGACAGUCAUCAGAGGCGGACAGAAGUACACCUUUCCUGCGGAAGAAUUAGUGGUCGGAGAUCUGGUGGAAGUGAAGGGAGGCGACAGAAUACCCGCCGAUUUGCGGGUCGUGUCCGCCCAGUCAUGCAAAGUCGACAACUCGUGUCUGACCGGCGAGUCUGAGGCCCAGUCGCGGUCGUCGGAGAACAAUAGCGACAAUCCUCUCGAGUCCAAGAAUUUGGCAUUUUUCUCGACCAAUUGCGUUGAGGGGACGGCCAGGGGGCUGGUCAUCAACACCGGCGACCGCACUAUUAUGGGUCGCAUCGCGAAUCUGGCCUCAGGUCUGGAAAUGGGCGAAACCCCCAUCGCCAGAGAGAUCGAGCACUUCAUUCACAUCAUCACAGGAGUG